AUGGGAAAUCAAAAGCUCCAGGAUCAUAUUGAGCUUUUUUUUGGUACAAUACGGUCUCAUGGUGGCCACAAUGAUAAUCCCACAGCUCGUCAAUUUAGAUCCGCUUAUCGUAAACUAUUAAUAAAUGCCAAGAUCAAAGAUGGAUCUCUCGGAAAUUGUAUACCUUUAGAUGAAAUUGAUAUACUAAAUUGCUCUAGUGCCACCAAUACUAUAAAAGAUCCAGUAGACAUAAUUAAUGAAAGUAAUGCUAUUUUGUAUAAAGAUAUAAUUUCACAGCCCCAAACUCAUCAUAUUAAAGAUCACGAUUAUAUAAUUGUAUCUGAUCAAAAUAUUACCAUGAGUAACUAUAUAAAAGAAGUUGUGAUUUAUAUCUCUGGUUUUAUUUGCCAUAGAUUAUCAUCUAAAAUUAAAUGUGAUAUUUGUUGUAAUGCUUUGUUUGGUGAUAAAAAAGAUUUUAUGACUUCAUUAAUUAAUGUUAGAGACAAAGGUGGAUUGUCUUAUCCAAGCGAUGAUGUCAUUUUAAUAGCCCUUCAAACUGAAAAAUUUAUGAAAUCUUACAGUUCUGACACAAAACCAUUAAACAAAAUAAAACAAAAUGAAACCGAUUCAAUGCGAACGUGGUACAAUAAAAUGACAUUAUUUAGAGGACAGUAA